GUGGAGGAAGAUUCCAUACAAGAAGUACUGGAGACACAGAAACACCACCUGUGAGGAGGAAUUAUCACAGUCAGCUGCCUUCGUGUAUUGUCCACUGCACCUGUACCGGACCAAUCAGCAGCAGCGGAGUGGUCUCAAGCUCCAGGUUGGGAGUGGUUAUGUCCAAUGGCUGGCUCUGCUGCAUCCAGUUCUAAAGACCGUCCAGGUUCCAAGACCAGCUUUGUCCCAGAACUACAGAGCAUGAUGUUCGCUCUGGGAGAUGCUCGCAGGCCUCUGCACGAGACAGCAGCUCUGGUGGAGGACAUUGUGCACACACAGCUCAUUACUAUGCUGCAUCAGGCCUGCGAGGGGGCAGCUCUGCGUGGUUCGAGGGUCAUUUCUGCUGAAGACAUCCUGUUCCUCAUGAGGAGGGACAAGAGAAAGGUGGCGAGGUUAUUAAAAUAUCUCCAGUUCAGAGAUUAUAAAUCAAAACUGCUCAAAACUCUAGAGGAUGACGACGUGCCGCAAGAAACAGACAGGUACGGAACUGCAGGUGGCGUUGCCGGCGGUAACCAGCGGAGGCAGCGAUUGGCCCAGGACUUUCUGGUGUGGAUGGAUCAGACGGGCGAACUCCUCUCAUUAGCCGAGCAAGAAGUAGACCCCGUCAAACAGGAGAGGAUGGAGCGUUUAGAGCGUCAGACUCGAAGCAUGGAUCAGGCUCAGUAUUCAGAGUUCUGUGAGAGUCGGCAGCUCAGCUUCGCUAAGAAAGCAUCAAAGUUUCGGGACUGGUUGGACUGCAGCAGUUUGGAGCUGAAACCCAACAGCAUCGCCAUGGAGAUCCUGUCAUACCUGGCCUAUGAGACCGUUGCCCAGAUUGUGGACUUGUCUCUGUUGGUAAAGCAGGAAAUGAUGGCCAAGACCAAUCCCAUCAGUCAUGUGAUCUCUGCCAGUUACAUCCACUACAACACACACACUGAGGUAAAGAAGGACCCAGAUUCACCUGAGGCCACUCCCCCUUCCACCCCAGGCUCGUCCCACUCAUCAAAGCCCCUCCCCCAAGGUAACGGCAGUCUGGAUGGCCGAGCAAGACAGAGGAAACGUAAAAAGAGCUGUCCGGCUACAGUGGAACCUCCAAGUGGAGCCAUCCAGCCCUGUCACAUCAGAGAGGCUAUUAGAAGAUACAACUACAGACAUACAGUAUGUACACACUCUGCCUUAAAAACAACACUGAUCAGGCUACAUUCAUAAGCUACUACUUGACACAUUUGUGGCACACUAACUGAUAAAUAGAUUGAACAUAUACAGGAUACUACUGUAUGUUCUUUUCUCUUUAGGCUUGGAUAGUCUCUUAAUACUCAGAUGCCAUAUGUAUUUUAAGUGUUACUGGUUGUUGUGAUCAUUCCUCCCCUCCAUGCUGACUUUGAAGUUAUCUUGAUGGGUAUCCAAUCAGCAGUCCUCAUUCUGUCCAAAGUUCAGCUGAAUGAUAUCAUGUUGGUAUCUUCCAAAGUUAAGUCUUUAAGUACAACAUUUCUUCUUAGUGUUUCCUUGCAGACUUGUCAGCAGAGGAGGGACAUUUGUAAAAAAACAAAAAAAAACAAAAACAAAAACUAUAGAUGAUUUUGUGGCCAGGAGAAAUUAUUAAAACAACCUGGAACUCUUUCAGUUAUACACUAUAGACCUAAAAAAAAAAAAAACAGCUUUUCUUUCACAACAAAUCUGACAGGAUGGAGCUAUUUUAAAACAAACCCCUUCUCUGUCUUAU